GCAAGCACCUUCCCUUGCUUAAUUUCUUUUUCUCAAACACCUUAUCGUUCUCUUCUGACGUUUGUUAAUCGCCCUAUUUCUCUUCUGCCUAACAGCUUCUUUUUCUUCUGGCCGAACAGCUUCUCCAUUUCUGAAGGUAUCUCGCUCAUCUGUGCUGCGAUUCAGAGCCGGAGGGCACACUCCAAUUUCAAGUACCACCGGAAACACCAAACACCUCUUGCAAUUUCCAUGGAAGAUUUAUUCUUUUACUUCUUCUGGCUUCCACACUCCGAUCCACAUUCAGAUUGGCGAUUGUUGCUGCAAUUGAAGAGAUGGACAAGCAUCUUCUGCCUGUCACAGCCGCAAUAGAAGGGAAAAUCUCUCUCGCAGUUCGAAGCCAUCAGUGCCUCAUACCUCAGGCCUCGAUAUAGCUCCCACAAAGAGCAAUCGAUUCCAUGAUGUUUGGUCAAUUAUUGUAAGGAAUUUAAAAUGAUGAACCCUAAUUUUUUUGCGUUUCUAUCGAAAAAUAAGGGACAUAUCUAAAAGUAUUGUUUGUUGGAGAUUCAUAAAAUCACCCUCGCAGUUCGAAGCCAUAGGUGCCUCACACCUCAGGCCUCGGUAUAGCACCCACAAAGAGCAAUCGGUCCUUUUCCCUGAGCUAAGCUUUUCCAUUUCAAACUUCUCCUUGCCAUUUUUAGUUACAGCUUGUGGUAUAUCAAAACAGUUUUACAUAUGAACUUAUUUUGUAGACUGAAAUGGCUCUCAGUUCAUACUUUGACAAGAAAUACCCUUGCACUAUGGCUCUCACUUGCCCCUGGUGUUCUCGACUGAUAUGGAUAGCAGUGAUGUAUGUCCGUUAUCACCAUACAUGGAAAAUGCAAUUGUAGCAAUAAUUUGUUAUUUGUUCACUACUUUCCCGCAGUCUGUGCAAGGAUAUCAGGAAGAGCCCAAAAAAUGAUAGGUAUUUGAGAUUCUACAUUUAUGAUGAUUACACGGCAUCUUGAAUUUUGUAGCAGAUCGCCAGCUGAUUUUGUUCUUCCGUUUUUGCUCUUAUUUUCGACAAUUACAAAGAACAAUGGCACCUACAAAAAAGUAUCUGAAAGAUGUUGUUCCGACCUUACCAAAGGUUACUGCUUUUAUGGUGAUGGUCAUCAGAAAAUGGAACGAGAAGUUUAGAUCAAAAAAUCCAACAACCAAAUCCGUUGAAAUGAUUUUCAUGGAUGAAAAGAGUGCGACAAUUCAAGCGACAAUCCCAAUUGAACUUAUUCGUAAAUUCGAAUAUGUUCAAGAAGGAUUAAUUUAUGCUAUCGCGCACCCAGAUGUGAAGAAUAACGAAGGAAGAUAUAGGGUCACUGGUCAUCCAUACCGCUUUGAGUUUACUCCAUUCACCAAAUAUCUGCAUCGAGAACAAACAAUCGGUCUUAGUUUUCCACCAUCUAGGUUCAUAAAUUUCUAGCUUCGCGGAUAUUCAGAACCCAGAAAGCAGUCAAGAUCCCUAUUUGAUAGAUAUUAUUUGUGCUUAUGAUCUGGAUCUAACUUUUAUACAGCAAAAACCAAAAAAGGUGAUUGGUAUGCUGAUUUCCGCCUAAAAAACUUGGAGGGCGAGAGUGUGUUAUGUACUGUCUCAGUGAUUAUGUCCUUCAAGUUGAGAAUUUUUUUGUCUCCUACUUCAAAAGAUGCUGCUUUAAAAGAUCCAGUUAUAUUUCUUCUCCAGUCGUGCCGCAGAAACCAAAGAUAUGGGGAUAAGAUUGGAAUUGCUUCCUCACGGUAUGCUACAAGGUUAUUUUUGGAUGAUCAUAUUCCAAAUAUUGAGGAUUUCCGCUACCGGUAUUUGGCUUCAAGGCAAACCACCAAUUGUACUUCAAGCCAGACAACUUCAUCUUGUGUUUCUCCGAGAGAUAGACUUAUUAUAGAGUCCUAUUUCUAAUAUAAAUAGAGUGCUUUCAGUAUAUAUUUUUUUUGUUCUGUUUUGUUCAGGAAGUUAUUUAUUUUAUGCUUCUAUGCACUUAGAUGCUUGGGAUUUGCGCUGUUGCGUGAUUUUGGUUAUUAUGCCGCUUUGAACAAGUAGAUACCAUGAUAUUAUUUCAAUAUUAUGUCAUUUAGUUGCAACUCAAGGUUUUAACUUAACCUUGAUGCACUUAGUUUUUAUUGUUGGUAUUUCAAAU